UUUGUGGAACAUCAUAGGAAAUUUUUGUGAACAUUUUGGCUUUUGAACAAAAGCGAAAAUUCUAAUUGGUCGUUUUGUGGAUAUAUGAAAUAAUACAUGAAACAACAUGAAUCGGUAGCAAAUUUUUUUAUGAAAUGAGACCAUACGCUGUCCUUUGUCAAAUCUGUGUACCGGACGGCGUACUGACUGUUUACCGUUGUCUGAUUCGUCAUGUCUUUUGUGAUGUCAUAAUAACAAAUUGUCAAAACUUGUCGAUGUUGACCGUUUGACAUAAUGAAGCCUAAUAAAGGUUUUUCCGGAAAAAGUAUCUCCUGCACAUCUUGUGUUACAAGUGAGUUAGGAAUCCCAUCAUUGAGACAUUCAAUCAAGGACAAAGAUGUCCCAUCAUCACGCGAAAGAAAACUUAUCAGAAAAUUGAUUAAAACAAAGGCGGUAUAUGAUGAUAUACGCAACCAGUUACUAUGUAGUACUGAAGAAAAACAUAUAUCAACAGAUCUAAAACCAAGGCUGCCGAAUAAAUUUUUCGAAGAUGAAAGAAGCAGCGCAAUGCUUGAAAUUAUAAAUUUAAAAGCUGCUGGUCCUAAACAAACUGGAUAUUGCAGUUGCUGCAGCUGUAGAUCUAAAUUAAGAUUUCCAAGUAGAAGACAUAUGGCUAAAACCACUGACUAUAUCGCUAGAAGUAGCAGAUAUUUGACUUCGCAGUCUAGUGUGAUAUACAAACAGAGACCACAAGAUGUUCGACGAUAUAGAUCUCACAAAAUUACAUCCAAACAUACUCAUUCUGACCCUUGCACAUGUAUGUUUAAAUUACUUCUCUCGAAACGUAAUACUUUAAAUGAGUUACCUUGUACAUCUGUAGAAAAUCUCACGAACAAAUCUGGUCCCAUAUGUCUUACUGAAAUUCAAAAUAAGGAAAAUAAGUUAAAAAAGUCGUUACCGAAAAUGGUUAGUACUAAGUUUAGUUUAUUCUUCAACUUAGGAAGGAGAACCAGGAAAUCAGAGAGCCAAGCUAAAAACCAUGUAAAAGAAACUUUGAAUUCCAUAAAAAGAAAUAUUGUUAACUCUGAUAAUAAAUUAAAACUUACUAGAGAUAUCAGAGGAGAACAAUCUAAUUUAAUACUACAACCACAAUGGGCAUCAUAUCAAAGAACAGAAUCUAUACUUAAUUUUGAUGAAUACGUUAGUAGAAAGAGAAAAAAAAAUCGCUUUACAAAAUUUAAACAAGAAGUUGGAACGAAAAAGAAAUUAGAACGCGCUAAUAAAAAUAAACCUGAAUGUGAUAUCAAUUUCACUGUUUCAAACGAACAUUCGCAAAAAAAUAUAUUUAUAAGUGCUGAAAGAGAAAAACACGAAAAAGGAAUUAAAUGUCGAGAACAAGUACAAACAGUGACAAGUCCAGAGAGUACAAAAAGUCUACGUUUCAAUAUGGGUUCAAAAAUCAGAGAACCUAAGCUCCGGGCUAAAACAUUGCAAAUGCUUUUAUAUAAAUAUCCUACUUAUUUAAUGGGUAAACUUAGGAAUUCAACUAUCCUAUUCAGCUCACCGGAAUCUAAAUCGUCAAAACGGGUAAUGUCUACCACUAUCCCAUCUCAUCUCGGUAACAUAAUAAAUAAAAAAAUAAGAAAUAGAAUAAAUAACAGUAGAUUACGACAUAGUCGCACCUGUAUAAUAAAUAAUGCAAUAUCUGCUUCAAGUGGCACGUCACAAAACAUAUCAACAAUGAGUAAUCCAUUAUCUACAAACAUAAACACAGGUAAAUCUGAACCUAAUCUAAACAGUGAGUUGCAAAAUAAAACUUUCUUUCGUUAUAAACUUAAAAAACACUGUAGAAUGAUAUAUUCACAUUUAGAUAAAAAACUAGAACAAGACAAAAUUUAUUCCCGAAAUUAUUACAAUCAAAGAUCGCAUACUAUUUCAAGAAAAACAAAGUACAUUUCAAUGAAAAAUAGUCUUCGACGAUGUUUCUGUACGUUAAAGUUGGUACAAUCUCAAAAAUGCCAUCAUAUCAAAAAUAAAAGUAAAGUUAUAUGCCAUACAUCUAGUAUGACAAAAGGAUUAUCGAAUAUUUCCACGGGAAAAACGAAUAUAGCCAGUAUUUUACCAGAUGUACAUAAGCCUAGUUUUUAUAACUCUUAUGAAAAAACCUAUAAGUGCUCUAACAUUACCAAUAAACAAAAUAAAUCUUUUGCCAAAAGGGAAAGACCAGCGGUCGAAUAUCUUAAAACAAAAUCACAAUCCAGUUUUGCAUCAAAAUUUGGGAAUAAAAAAAGGAUUUUAAGUAUGUUUGCGUAUAAAACCGAAGUACAAACAAAAUAUGGCAACAACAGUAGACCAAAAUAUCCUCCAGGUAGACAGUCAGUUAACAUUUCGUCAUCAUUCGUUUUUGGUAUAGAAUUUACAAAAGCAAGAAAACUAAACGCCGACAAGAAUAUCAAAAGACAAAAAAAUCAGGAUGACACUUAUGAAACUGAACCUAUUGAAAGUCGACAAAUUAAGAAAGAAACUCCUGAAAUAAAAUUAGCGGAAUCAAGAAAAACAAAUAUUUUUAUCGGCAAUGUUAAAAGUCAUCAAAAUAAGAAAGACGUUCCUGACAUAGAAUUUACGGAAACAAAAAAAUCUAGUCAAAUAAAAUCAAAUAAAAGCCAACAGAGCAAGAUAAAAAGCCCUGAAAUAAAAUUUUCAAAAUCAAGAAAAUCAAAUAUGUUCAACAUUCAUAUUAGAAGUCAACAAAAUAAGAAGGAAAAUCCUGAAAUAGAAUCUGUCAGUCCAAAUAAGAAGAAAGAAAAUGCAGAAUUUUCGAAAUCCAGAAAAAGUAAUACUUUUGACAGAAGUCAGCAAAUUAAUAAAGAAAAUAUUGAAAUGGAUUUAAUGCGUCAACACAGUAAAAAAGAAACUCCCGAAAAAGAAUUUACGAGUCAGCAUAUUAAAAAAGAAACCCCAGAUAUAAAGAUUUCAAAAUCAAGAAAACCAAAUAUUAUUGACAGAAGUCAACAAAUUAAUAAAGAAAAUCCUGAAAUAGAAUUAAUGAGUCAACACAAUAAGAAAGAAACUACUGAUAUAGAAUUUAAUAAAGUAAGAAAGUCAAAUGUGGGCAACAUUAAAGGUCAACAAAGUAAAAAAGAAACUCCUAAAACAGAUUCAACAUCAACAAAAUUGAAAUCAAUUUUUAUGAAGCAUAAAGACACAUUUUCGAAACAAAUCAGCAUAAGUACUAAUACAGAAAUAUGUUCGGGUCCAUUAAAAUGCGUCAAAUGUACAAAACUUUCAAACUCAGCAAAAGUCGAAAUAGCGACACAGACUUCUACAGAAAAUAAAACGAUGUUACGCAAUACCACACAAUCUCUAUUUAGUUCACAGGAAUGUAAACCAUAUGGUGAGUGUACCACAAAAUGUGAUCCUUCUAAAUGUUUAGAAACCAUGUCAAGCCGAAACCGAAAAUUCAAAAAAGAAAUACGGUCUAAAACUGAUCAAAAUAAUAAAAAAUCAUUUUUCAGCAUUACGGGAUCAUUGAGAAAAUCUGAAAACUCAAUUUCAUCAAACAAAUUAAUGACAAAAGUUGACAAAGGGACACGGACUAAUAAAAGUAAAAAAGCAAUAUUUAAUGAUCCAUCUGAAUGUGAUAUUUGUGAUUGUAUACCAGAGCAAGGUAUUAUUCAAAAUAAUAAAAAAUCAUUUUUUAGCAAUACAGGUUCAUUGAAAAAAUCUGACAAAUCCUUUUCUGAAAAAACUAAAACUGAAAACAAAACAAUGACAAAAAUGGACAAAGCGACACGAGCUAAUAAAAGUAAAAAAACAAUAUUUAAUGAUCAGUCUGAAUGUGAUAUUUGUGAUUGUAUGUCAGAGCAAGACAUUGUUCAAAAUAACAAAAAAUCAUUUUUUAGCAAUACAGGAUCAUUGAAAAAAUCUGAAAAAUUAAUUUCUGAAAAAACUAAAAAUGAAAAUAAAACAGUGGCAAAAGUUGAUAAAGCCACACGGACUAAUAAAAGUAAAAAAACAAAACUACCUAAUCCAGUUGUAUGUCAAUGUCCACUAGAGCAAGGUGAUUCGUCGCAAUAUAAUAAAAGUAUGACAAGCCGAAGCCAAAAAUAUUCUAAAAAAGGAAUUCAGACUCCAAGAAAAAAAUCAAAAGCUAUAACAGAAUCCAUUCAAAUCCAACCUGAUGUAAGUCAACAAUCAAAGAAAAAAAAUGAAUCUAUUCAAGCUCAACUUAAAGAAAGUCAACAAAUAAAGACAAAAAAAGAAUCUAUUCAACUUAAUGAAAGUCAACAAUCAGAGUUUAUAAAAGAAUCCAAUCUAUUUAAACCUAGUGAAAGUCAACAAUCAAGGAGAAAAAAGGAGUUCAAUCAAUUUCAACCUAAUAAAAGUCAACAAUCAAGGAAAAACAAAGAUUCCAUUCAAUUCCAACCGAAUGAAAAUCUAAAAUCAUACAAAAAUAAAGAAAGAAAGAAAGAAUUGUAUGCUCCAGAAAGUCAACAACCAAGGAAAUCUUAUGUAGGAAUAGGUUCAUCUUUCAAUUUUGAAAUAAAAUUUACAAAAACUAGAAUGUCGAAUGAUGAUUACGAUGUUGAUGACUAUAUUUCGAAAUCAAUAGAAAGUCAUCAAUCUAAAAAUCAAUCCAAACUUCUAAAAUUGAAAAAAUCUAUUAAAAAAGCUACAUUAUGUUCGUGUAAGCCAGAAAAGUCAUCAAAUAAUUACACAGUCAAUCGCCUAAUUUUAGAUAAAAAAUAUCCAUUUGAUGAAAGAAAAAGAAUCUAUAAUUUAACAAAUAGUUCUUCUAUCGGAUCAGUAUAUAAGUUUCAAUUUAAGGAAAUGCAAUCUUACUUUAAUAAAAGUGUGUCUAUUUGUAGAGUGUGCUCAAUACAGGAACGUAGGCGAUUCAUUGGAAAAGAAGAAUCAGAUACUAAAGAAUUGCACGCACGUGAUAUAAAUAAUACAAUUGGUUUUCCAGAACAUAAAAAUAAUGAUUUCUCAAAAGGUAACUCUUUUUCAACAGUAUUCAGCAGAUCUGAUGUAACUGGUACCAGAACUAUGUUAAAAAGGUGUUUCUGUGCAAUGAAUGUUCAAAUCCGAGAUUAUCACAAUUAUCCUUGUACUCUAGAAUCAUAUGAUCGUAAACCAGGAUACUUGUGUGUUCCUGCAGAGUAUGGUCCAUGUGAAUGUCAAAAGUUGACAAAAAGAAGACUUACGAAAUUUUCUGAAAAUAAAUGCAAGUCCAAAAACAUAUUACACAAUACUCCUAUAGUACUACAUAUGAAAGAAACUAUUCAAUGUUGCCAACCAAACAAAUGUAAUAGACGAGCUGUAAACAUAGGUUCGGAAUUCAAAUUUGAUAUAGAAUUUUCCAAGGGAAAAUUGACAUCCAAACAACGUCGACAUGAUUCGAGGCCUUCACAAAAAUAUCAUAAACCUGUAGAAACUAAAUCCCCAAGGUUAAAAACUGAAGGUACCUUUUACGAUACUGAUAAAUCUGAUCAACAGUUACAAUCUACAAUCAGAAAUUAUGACAGGGAAUCAAAUACAAAUAAAAUAUUGAAAAGAUGCUUUUGCACUCUAGCGUUACAAAAACAAGAAAUAAAACCUAAAUAUGAAGAUAAAUCUAAUUUCGCUGUUUCACCAAAGAUGAAAACAAUAUCCCAAAACACAAAGCCCUGCAAAUCUAAAUGUCAAGCGAGUUUAAUACUAAGUCCUUAUGAAUGUGAGCCUGGUGUUUGUGUCCCAGGCAAGUGUAAUCCACUGGAGUGUUUAGAAAGAAUACAAAUGCGAUAUAAAGAUACUAGAAGCUUUUCAAAGAAUGAAAUUCGGUCCCAAUCACAUAAUAAAUCUAUGAAAUCCAAUUCAAAAUAUUAUAAUGAAAUGCCUGCAAAACGAAUAACAACGACGCAGAGAGAUAAAAGAGACUCGCAACGCGCAAGCCACAACAUGCCAUAUGAAUCAAAACCAAAAACGCUAUCGUACCGUCAACACCACGAUCAAUUGUCUAAUAAAAGCGUUGGAGGUGUAAACACUGAUUUUAAACAUAGAUAUGCUCAACACAACGUAGACCGGGAUGACAUAAAUAUUCAAACAAAUGAAGCCCACCAAAUAAAAUCAACAGUUACGACCCAACUUAAGCGCUGUUUUUGUACAGAGAAAAUACUAUUUAUGAUGAAUAAUGUAAUGAAAUAUAAAUCAAAUCCUACUUCAGAAAUAUUGCCUGAUAACGCUCGGUCACAACCUUAUCAAAAUAAACAAAAAUUGUCGGAAAUCAUUCAAACAGAUGUAAUAAAGAAAAAGAAGAUAACGCCAACUCAAUAUGUUGAAUUACAAUCAGAACAUUAUGAAAAUCCACCAGGAAAUGGCACAACAUUAUCGAAACCUAUUCAAACGGAUAAAAUAACGACAAAGAAAUCGGGAAUAGUUGAAACGGAUACAAAAAUGCAGAAAAGGACAAGACGUUCUAUUUUCUUCCCACAAUCAGAGCAGUUUAAAUGUCCACCUGAACUUUGUAAUCCUGUUCGAGAUUUAGAUUCACCUGAAUCAACAUGUAAACUAUUAUGUGAAUUAAAUAAUCCUUAUAAUAAUUUGAAAAUAAAUAGUCAGAAAAAUCAAGAAACUGAUAGCAAGUUUGUUGGAAUCGAUGAAGAAAUAUAUACUAAUGUAAUAAAAAAUCAGACCAAAGGGAACAAUUAUCAGUAUCAAAUAGAAAAUCCACGACUGCGAUAUGAUCCUACUAGAAAAAAUUGUGAAGGAAUGUGCGCCAAGUCUACAAAUUUUAAUAAACAGUCCAGAGUGAAGAAUAAUUACUAUCAAACAGAAAAUCCAGAACAUCACUUUGUUCCUACAAGAAAAAAUGAUAUAGGAAUCUUCCCAAGAGGGAAUAAUAAUCAGGAUAAUAUAGAAAAUCCUUGUUGUGUUCGUACAAAAAAGACUGCAAAAUAUCCUCAAAGGCAAGCUGUACGUAUAGGAUCUACAUUUAGUUUUCAUAUUGAAUUUUAUAAAGAUAGGUCACCAAAUUAUGCAGAAAUUGAAGUUGCUGCUAAGGCAUUAAAAAAGAGGUCCAAAAAAACUUCAAAUAGAGUACAAACUCGUGAAAAAGGUUUAAAACCUAUCAAAACAAAAAAUUUUGACCAGAAUAUUCAGUCAUCUCAAACAAUAACUGAACAAAGAGCAGUAGGACCCGAAAGAUGUUUCUGUACUAUUAAGCUGCAAACAAAAAGGGUUCGUUGUCCUAAUGAACCUCCUGCAAUCGAUAAAGGGAUUAUGGCUAAACGAAAACAUUUGGAACCGUAUGAAUGUGAACCAGGCGUUUGUAUACCUGGAGAAUGUGAUCCGGAAGAAUGUCUCUUGCAUAUACUAAAAAGAUAUAGAAAAGAAAUUAGCACAUCAACAAAACCCUGUUGUAUGAAACCAUGUAAUACUGAAGUUUCAGUUCCAAACAUAUCUAAACCAGUACAAACAGCUCGUGUGAAACCACCAAAACCACCAAAACCACAGAAACCACCGAAAAUAAAGAAAAUUAAACCUCCAAAACCACCGAAGAAACGACGUCCACCUAAAAAACAAGCUGUUCGAAUAGGGUCCAGUUAUAGUUUCAAUGUAGAAUUUUAUAAACAUAAAUCAAAUCCUGAAAUUCCACGAGAGGUUAAACCAGUUAUACCCACGAAAUGUACGUAUGAUGAAUGCACUAUAACGCAAAAAAAUAACCGUAAAGAUAAAAUGAUUGACCAAGAAAUCAACAAAAAGCAAAGAUCAACACAAGAUUUUAAAUCAGUUUGUAAUAAUGAUUGUCAGUCUUCCCCCCCAAAAAUGCAGUGUUCAAUGACAGAAACAAAUUUUUUGAAAAGAUGUUUCUGUACAUUAAAACUACAAAAACCUUGUAAACCUAAAUAUUGCCUACCAGUAAUGCGAGAGCAACAAGUUUUUAGAGCAAUACUACGCCAUCUUACGCCAUUCAAAUAUGAGUCCGAAUUUUGUAAAUCGGAUAAAUAUCUUUCAAAUAAAUUGAAUGAGGAAUUGAAAGCAGUGAAGAAAAUGGAACGGAAGUCCUCAAAUAUUCUAGCAAAGUCUAGUAAUUUAACUGAAAUAUUCAAUCAUUCUAAAUCAAUUAGGCAAGCUGAACCCUCUCUUAUUUUCUCUCGCCACGAUUUAUUUAAAAAAGUUGUCAUUCCGCAGGAACUUCCAGAGACUGUUAGUAAAGAUAACCAACAGACCAAAUUACGCAACAAGUCCACUACUAAAACUCAAGAUGAAAAUCUUGUAAUUAAAAGUUUAUCUAAAAGUACAGGAUUGGAAAAGAAUGUUCUGUCGAAAAAGAGCAAAUUGAGUAAUUAUUCCAAACAAUCGAAACUUUUUGUGAAAUUCUUGAGAUCUUGUUUCUGUACUCCAAAAUUCCAAAAACAAAGUAAUAUUCAAGAUACUUCACAAAGUGGCGUUUCUAUUGAACGUCUAAAUUUUGAGAACGAACUUCAUUGUUUACCAAAUUCUGGUUCAAAUAUAGAAGGAAAAAGAUCUCAAGAUCAUAUCUCCAAUAAUACCCUAAAAUCAAAAGAUUACGCAAAUGUAAUUUUCAAAAACCAACCAAGCCAUAUUUUUCUGUAUGACAAUUCUAAUAUAAAUCAAAUGGAGAAAGCGUAUUACGUUCCUAAUGCCGCGCAAAAAAUAAGGUAUAGUGUUUGUCCAUUUAAUAAUAAGAGGUAUAAAAGUAGCAACAAUGUUAAUCAAAAUAUAGGUGGAGUACACAAAAGUAACAGAAUAAGUCCAUUACUGAAAAGAUGCUAUGGUACAUUAACAUUUAAAAAUAUACCAAAUAAAAACAAGGGUCCAGAAUUUCGAACGAACUUAUUGGAAAAAUAUGAUAAAAAUGAAACAAUAAACGAGCAGCGUAAUCUUAAAUCUCCUAAAUCGAGGACAUCGCCAAAACUAUCUUUAUCCUCUACAAGCUACUUUUUCAAUCUAGAAGCAGAUAAAUUUGAAACCAAAUUUUAUGUUAAAAAUAAAAGUUCUCCGUAUUUCUUUUUUAAAAGAGUAAAAAAAGGUAAAUUGAGCAGAAAUAUACGACAAAGUUGGUCACAGUUUAUUAAUUCUAGAAUAUCAGAUUCCGGUUUCCAAAGUAUGACAUAUGAUUGGAACAAUGUACAAGUAAAUUUUCUAAAAAAACUUUAUGCUCACAAGCAAUUACAACAGAAGGCUGGUGAUAUGGUUGUAUUACCAAACAUUAAAAAUAAGGACGCUAGAUCUAAAUAUAUUUUGUAUUUAUCAUCAAGUACACAAUCAGAGAGAAUAAGAGUAGAAGUGGCGAAUACUUUGAAACGAUGUGUCAGUACUUUGAAUCUUCAUAAAAAGCAAUUGGACCCAAACAACGAGAAAAGUACUGUUAACAAUUUUAAUGAUGACAGCAUUAAUCGGCAUGAUAAAAAUAGAAUAGAUGGCGUCGACAUGAAAAUAAUUUAUCAAUCUAAAAAUAAUACCCGUAGAAAUGCAGUUAAACCAAAAUCUUUUAUAAAUAGUAGUAAUAAUAAAAUAAUUAAUUGCUCUAAAAAUAAAAAUGUUAUAAGGCUUACUGCUAAACGUAGUGAAUAUGCUUUUAAACUACCAAGAUGUGAAGAAAAUAAAACAAACAAACUAUCUUUGUCAAAGUUAUCUAGUACUGAUUUAUUUAUAGAUCAUUGCAAGCGAGUUUCAUUAAAACAUAUAAAUGGUUUGAAUGAUUCCCUAGUGUUAAAUAGUUGUAACAAAUUUGAAGGAAAGUCGGUAAAAAUUAAUUCUGUAGUGUCAGCGCCGAUGUGCCUCAACCAAGGUAUAAACAAACAAAACUUGAAUUUAGAAAUGAUAUAUAACAUAAACUGUAAGACACCUGAUACUGAAGACAAACUUAAAAAUAAAACAAAACCGUGGAAGAAUAAAAAUCCAAAAUUCUGUAAAUUUGAAUCGUUUUAUAAAUGUAUAGAUUAUGUAUAUAUGCCUAAAAUCCCACCAACACAGAGGGAUUUAUUUGAUAUAUGUAAUAAAAUGAAUCAGAUAUUUGAUUUUCCCAAUGACUUUAAUGUAGACUCAUCACAGAUAAUGAAACAAAUUACUAAAAAGAAAAAAAAUAUUAUUGAAACGAGAAUAACCAAUAGAGAUUUUCAAUUGAUAAAAUUUGUAAUUACAAAACAUAACAAAAACUUAGGUAAUGUUAAAAGAAUCGCGCCCAAAUGUAAUAACAAUAAAAUUCGCCGUCACUCCAGGAUAUAUUCUUCUCGAACAAACACUAUUGUAAUCAGAAAUUCGUAUGAUAAAAUAAAAUAUAUUUUAUCAUGGAGUCGUCUAUCAGACGAAGGCAUACAGGAAUCAUUCAUUACGAAAUCUUUUAAGAAAAAUAGUUGUACUCCAUGUUAUAGAAAACAAUACAACAUAGAACCCGGUGCGAGUUGUGAAAACUCGAAACUAGUGAGCAAUAAAUGGAUUGGUAUGUAUUAUUACAAAUUACCUUAUCUUUAUCAGAAAUUUUAUAGAUUUCUACUAAUCAAUAAAUCUAAUAUUACACUUAUUAACUGUCUUACGUCAAAGUGCCAUAUUUACGAAAAUGAUAAUCAAGUUGUUAAAGAAAUACACAGAGACAAAAUACGAAACGGUACAAAUUUUACAGAUUUUUACCUACUAUGUUUGAAUACAUCAAAGAAAUAUAUGAUAACUUGCAAGAAUAUAUUUACCAAAGAUGACAUUGAAAAUAUUGAAAAGAGUAUACAAUCAUCGAAAAAUUUAAUAAAUAUAAGUGAACUUAAAUAUUCAAAUAUUUACAAUUGUUAUUACAAAAAGCUCCAACUUUCGCCAAAUAUUAAUGUGACUCGGACAAACAAAAUUACACAUGAAAAUUCUAAAUGUAUAAUAAAAGAUGCUGACAAAAUGACAUUGUUGGAGGACGCUCAUAGGAAUCAGUCGACAGUUCCUAUACCGAAAGUUACUGAAAAAGAUACCCAACAUGAUUGUUUUAAGUCAGUUUGUAAGUCUCGAAGUGGCUUAUGUACUUGCAAAACACCUUGGCUUUCCAGUGAUUCAUAUAUGAUUUCUAAAUACUCAUAUGGUGACUCGCCAGUACGACCAAAAAAGUUAUCAUUAAAUGUCAAAAUUACUACUAACAUAAAGGGAUAUGAAAGUGAAAAGUGUCGAAAAUGUAAAAUCUCCUCAAAUCCUAUUGAAAAUAUAAUCAUAAUCAUCAAUCAAUCAUCGAUAUGUAUAAAAAUCUCCCGUAGCUGAAUUACAGAUAAACAGCCGAAACUCUGGCCGUAGAAACCUGAAGUUUUUUACUUUAUAAUGAGCAGAAAGUGUCAAGAGGAAAAAAGAUAAAUUAUAAUAAUUACAUACUAUAAAAGACCAAAAAUAAAAAUAAGCUAAACGUAAAAAAUUAGGGCAAUUAGCGCCUGCUUGCAUGUUUUUUGCAGGAUGAGCCAGUUACUCUGCACAUGCAAUAGAAAUGACGUAUAAAAAAAUUAAAAUAAGUCCGAGAAAAUCACAAUGAUCGAUUCGCACUCGAGUUCAUAUUUAUUCAUCUUGUGUGUAUUCAUUUAUUAGCCAGUUUUAUACCGGAAAACGGUUUAAAAUGUAUCCGUAAACAUGCAAACAGGACUUCAAGAAAUCCAUUCUGUAAUAAGCAAAUGAGAAAAAAAAAUACGAACAUCAUUAAAAAGAAAGUUUAAACAUAAACAUAUAUUGAAAAAAGUUACAACAAAGAUGAUAGAUACAUAAACUAUGAAUCAAAUUUUAUAUUAUACACCAACUUGACCCCUUUGUAAAAAAUUACUAAAAUCAAAAAUAAUUAAGUUUUCAGUGCAGUUUAUGAAAUUUCUAAGAAAAGGAGACCAUGGAUCUCUGACAUGUGUGCAUUGUUCUACUAAUUGUGAAAUGUUUUAAAAUGUUUGUUGGGUUGAGACAAUUUACCUCUUGUUUCUUUGAAUUUGUGUUGUGUGUCCUUGUAAUUUGGCUAUUGAUAGGCAUGGGUUUUGUGCGUUGCGCUUUGUACACUCAUUAAUGUUUAUGUAAUAUAUUUAAUAUUGU